ACACACACAGAGCUGCUGACACGGAGGGGAGGGGAAAGAAGGAGGGGCUGUCACAGAAGGAGAUCAGAUGUCAGUAGCCCAGGGAAGACAUUCCCAGGAAGGGGAAAGUGCGGCUCAUUCAUCAUCCUGCUCUGGGACAGCCUGGACCACAGCUGUCUUGGGCAGAGGAAGCCAGCUAGGGGAUCCUGUGGAUGCACGGCUCCCAAAGCCACGGGCUAGUGAGCAAGAAGAGACAAGUUCUUGCUUAUUAAAGCCUCCAGGCAAGACGAUUUCCUUGGUCGAAGGUCACAUCCAAUCCCUUCCCAUCAUGGAAGCCUGAGAGCCAGGAACCUCCAUGACCUCCAGAAACCACCACUCCUUACCACGAGCUCUGAUGGCACCUCGAAUGUUUACGGAAGGAGAACUUGGGGGCAUUGCCCAAAUCACCCCCUCUCUCUACCUGAGCCGAGGCAGCGUGGCCUCCAAUCGACAUCUGCUUCUGGCCCGGGGCAUCACCUGCAUAAUCAAUGCCACCAUAGAGAUCCCCAACUUUAACUGGCCCCAGUUUGAAUAUGUCAAAGUGCCUCUGGCUGACAUGCCGAAUGCCCCCAUCUCCCUCUACUUUGACAGCGUGGCGGAUAAGAUCCACAGCGUCACCCGCAAGCACGGGGCCACCUUAGUCCAUUGCGCGGCUGGCGUGAGCAGGUCGGCCACCCUGUGCAUCGCUUACCUGAUGAAAUACCACAAAGUGUCACUGUUCGAGGCUUACAACUGGGUCAAGUCGCGGCGCCCCGUCAUACGCCCCAACGUGGGCUUCUGGAGGCAGCUGAUAGACUAUGAGAGGAAGCUCUUUGGGAAGACAACGGUUAAAAUGGUACAGACGCCGUACGGUAUACUCCCAGACAUUUACGAGAGAGAGGGGAGACAUCUCCUGCCUUACUGGGGGAUUUAAUGGGACUGCAACAACGGGAAGAUUAAGAGCACAAGAAACUUGCUGUUCUCCUAGGUCGGAAACACUCCCUUCUCCUUGGAUGGCCAACUUUUCCUUCUUUACCACACAGCAGAACCUUGCUGACUGUCACAUCCUUAAUCAGCCAGGCCAAUUCUCCCUCGACCUUCCCUGGAGUUAACGCGACAGCGAGCGCUUUUAAUUCUUCCACAAAGCAUCCCAUGCAGGCACUUGACGAGUACACGACAAGAACCCAAAGGCACUUGGCAGAAGGAAUGAACAAAGUACACUUUGCGAUGAGGUAGCUUGGAUAGUUCUUUACUAGCUUAUUUUCUUCCCCUGUAGUGGAUGAGCAGCACUAGCACAAAAUGAAGGAGGCCCUUCCCGAAACUCAAACUUGCCGUGUCUUAUUAAGAGACGGUGAGAGGGGCGCAUGGGAAUGUGCUGCGAAUGCUCUCAUUUUCCUUAAAUACUUGCAGCCUAUAGCGUUAGAGAUCGUUAGCUAGCUUUUCAAAUCUUUCUAAGAAGUUAAGCCAAAGUCUACCACAAAUAAACUAUCGACGUCUCAGAGGGGUAGCUGUGUUAGUCUGUAUUGGCAAAAGCAAGGGGCCACAGGUCUGCUUGUUUUAUUAAGACAAACGAAUGCUGUCAUGUCCCUCUCCUGCCCCCCAUGCCACACCAGUGUAACAGCUCCUGCAAGCAUGUAUACACCUGAAUAGUCUAGUGCACAUGAAUACAUGCUUGCACGAUUGAGGAGCAAACAGCAGCUUAGUACAGAAGCGAUGAGUUAAGCUUUCCCAUAGUGGCCAGCCAAAUGAAGCUUUGUCUAGACGGCUACCCUCCCAAAGGAGUUGAGCUGUAUUUUUUAGUAGUCAGUCAACCAGUAAAUUGAAAGUAGGUAAAUCUGCUUGAUAACUAAGUAUAGUCGUGAUCUGCCUCUGAUCUUUGCCAAUUCACAGCAUUACGGUCACAAGGAUUAUGUUGCAGUCCUGAAUUUUUCUACGCAAAAUACUUUCAUCUGUUAGACCUCCAGUACAAAAGGUGUCUUUCUUGAGAAAUCUUUGCUUUGUUUUGCUUCUGAUGAGCAAGAGGAGAUUCUAACCUGAGAAGUGGGAGGAGAUACUAAAUGAUAUGUCAGCUAAGUCAUGAGUAUUUUCCACAUCCUUGCAUAUCACUCACAAACAGCUGGAACAUCGAAAGAACCAAGGAACUUACCCAACAGGACUGGUUUUAUAUCCUUCCCUGUAUCUCUAAAAGAGGAAGACACAGAUUUUUGGAUGCAGAGAGAAAGAUAUCUGAUUUACGUGAGAGACUAUACUUGUAAAAACAAUCUUAAUAAAAACUAACACUAGAGCCCACAAGUUCAUGAUCAUAAUAAUCAAGUUCUUGACAUCUCUGAAAUUCCAGUGACAACACUGAUUAAGCUUCAAUAGCUUAACACAAUCAUAAAUACCAAUGCUUUUUCAUUAAACCUUGCAAUCAGUUACCAGUGACUUGACUAAAUUGUGUACAUUAAAUCUAGACCUUUGAGACACACCAACUCAGCCAGGCACUGAAUUUGGCUCAUUACUGCAUUUUUAUCCUCUGGUGCUAUAUUUGAAUUUCUGAAAUGCUGAUAGUCUGGUUUAAGUAUCAAACGUGAUCAAUGCAUUUAUCAUAAUGGUUUGUUGCAUCAGCCAGUGUAUAGUCUGCAACAGACUGGGCAGGUUUCUGCUCUUCCAGAGUAAAAUAGGACCACAGAAAACAAUGGAGAUGUCCCUUGUUAAAAAAAAAAAAACAGUGUUUACAAGGAAUGAGAAUCAAAUCUCUAUAGCCUGAGCUACACAUGGAUCAGAGGGAAAACAAGAUCCAAAUGGAUUCAUGACAAAGGGGUUGCUUCUGAAUCCAAGAGAUACACCUGAACUUUUCAAAUGAACUGAGAACAACUGAAUUUCACCACAAUGAGCGGGUCCCAUGGGCAUCUGGGAGAAGAAAAUGCUCCGUUAGCGUCUAGGGUCAGACCCUGUGUCGAGUCAGGUCAGUGGAGCGACCUCCACUGAAGUCAGUAACCAGCGAAUUGGGCCCCAAGACCACUUACUGCAAUUGGUGGGGGAAUGGUGCAAGGAGAUAUAAAAAGGGAGAACUCUGCGUACACCUCGAGGCAUACAUGGAAACCACAUCAGCUGUUCAACACAUACAUGAACCCACAGUAAAGAGACCGCUGUCAAAAUGGAGUUGUUGUAAAAUACCUUAAAGCUUCAAGAGCAGACACAUUUAAACGGUCCCAGAUGGUUAUUUUUCCUUACAUUUGUACACCCAGUCCCACUGCAAACCCUUAUUUACAUUUAUCUCUAUUGGAUAUGGGCAGGUUUAAAGAAAGUCCAGUGGAGGGCAACAAAAAUGAGGGGACUGGAGCACAUGACUUAGAGGAGAGGC